AUGUUCAUCGAUUUUGCGGAGGGUGAAGGUUUCCUUGAGUGCAUCUCGACGUCACACAAGUGUGCCUCGACAGGUAACCCGUUGGGGCUCGAGUUGAGCCUAGUGGCCCCCGAGCGGGGUGUGGGUCAAGGUCUUUGGGCCAAAGCUUGGGUUGAAGUGUGGCGCCUGUCGGGCCAUCCGGUCGCCACCGGAUCCUGCAGCCUGCCUUUGCUGCAGUCGCCUAUGCUCAAUGGGUCUUGGAGUGGUCGCCGGAUUCCGACGGGCAGGUUUGUGACCUGGAUUUCUUCGAUCCUCAAGUCUGGGGAUGCGAGCAUGGGGUUUGAUCUCAAGGGUCACUCGUGCAAGCAUACUGCACUGUCGUGGGCAAGCAAAACGGACAUGUCCAAGGACUCCUGCACCAUCUUGGGGCACCACUCCUUGAAGGAUAGACGAUCGGUCGUGACCUACUCCAGGGACAUUCAAGCUGGACCAUUGCGAGAGCUGUGUCAGAUGUACUGUGACAUUCGGUGUGGCAGGUAUCUCCCAGACAUGACAAGGUCGGGUCUUUAUGCAAAGGGCCCUGCAGCUGCUGACCCGGCCGAGGAGCUGCCUGGCGACAGCGUGUUCGAGACCGAGGCGGAAAGAAACUGGUACCGGCCGGCGGUCAGCCCUGGCUCAGCUUGUGACUCAGAAGCCUUCCCUUGUGCGAAUGCUGUUGCUUCUGAGCCUGGCCUCAGCGAUCAAAGGGAUGCCAGCGACGAUGACACCCCUUUCGGUCGUGCUGUGGACUCCCUAAUCCAUAGUGCAGAGCGUGCUGCGUGGGAAGAUCCGGAUGCUGCUUUCGAAGACGAUAGGUCUCAGGGGGAGGAGCCAGACUCCUCGUCGUCUAGCGAGUCUAGUUCCGAUUCAGGCUCGUCUGACAGCGAGAUAGAUGAAGCCCUGACUGCGAGUCAAGCAGACCCCCCCGCGGCUUUCGAAGAAAGGGCCAAGGAAUGUGGGCUGACACAAGCUGAGCUUGAUGUGCUCGUGCGUAAGGGUUUGACAUCCUUGUCGCUCCUUGCCUUCAGUGUCUCGACCCCGGGCGAAGUACCGCAGGAGGCUGAGCUCAGGUCCAUCCUUGAUCCCGCGGACCCCACGACUGUGCCGUUGCGUGCACUGUCGGCGCUGCGGCGCCUCAUGUUUGAAGCUCAAACUCUGUCCAUUGCACAGCUUAAAAGCUCGAUUGAGGGUGAAGGCGAAAAGAAAGCGGAGUUGGCCCCUGCUGAGAGGAUGAAUCGUAUAGCCGACCAGCGGAAAAGGCUCGUGGGGCUCAGCUUGACUGGUCCUUUGGAAAACGCUUUCAGCAAUUACACUUAUGUCGCCCAGGUCGUUGAUCAGGAUUGCCUCUCCUAUUUGGAGCCCCACAGGUUCCUAACCAGGGCCAUGGAGGUGAAUCGAGAAAAGCCAGGGAAAGAGUUGAUCUUAGAUGAGGGCUCGCGCAUGAGUAUCCGCGACAAGGCCCACAAGGAUAAGUGUGGCAUUCAGAAUGAGUUGCAGCUCUCCGAAGCCCUGUGUCGCAGAGCACUUGCUUGCGACCUUCUGCAGCUUUGCACUUUUGCAUCCAUGGACUUGUGGCACAGGCAUCUGCUUGCCAAGCUAUCGGAGCAGCCGCCUCCAUACUAUGCUAAGGUUUCGAUGGAGCAGCUGCUCAGGUGCGACAAGGCGGCAUGGGUGCGCAUGAGUGAGCUCUUGACUUCUCUGAAGAAGGAUGACGCGGGAAACUUGCCAAUGGAUGCUGCUCUGGAUAAGCUUCAGUACGAUCCAAAAAUCAUGAUGCAUUUGGCCCCGCUUCCUGGGGCUAAGUGGAAGGGCGAUGGCAAGGGCGACAAGGGCACAAAGCGUGAUGCCGAUGGCAAGCCGAAGUUGCCUCCUCACCGACCCGGUAAAGGUGCAGGUAAGGGAAAUCCUUCGGUCUCGCCCCAGGCGGCAAACCACGAGUGCAUGAUGGCACAGAUAGAUAAGGUGGGCCCGUUGGCAUGUCCCAAGCCGGCCGCAGCAGUGCGUGAACGAAUCCCGAAUGUUGUGAUUGAUGAGCGAGUUUUUCCCUUGCCCGCUGAGCGGCGAGUGCAAGUCUCUUUGCAUCCAGCAGAGCAAUUUGCGCAAGACGUGCUGUCGUCUGGUGAACCUGUGACAGCAUCUUGCAUUGAACGCCUUUUCAGUUUGUUACCCUCUAGACUGGAUGAACGCUUUGGUUCAGAGUCUGGCAGAUCCUUUGUUGCAGGUGUUUUCCGACAUGGGGGCGUCGUUGGCCUCACAAACACCUGUCGCUCUUUUCCUCAAUCGGUCAUUUUGGCCAUCUCUUGGGCCGUGCAGCACGGCGGGUCCAAGUUGACAGAUUUCACAUUUUGCUCGAUUUCCUUGAAUCUUAACGUCAAGACUGAGGUUCACCGUGAUGUGAACAACGAUGAUGCUGACAACCUUGUGCUGGGUGUCACCGACUUUUCAGGUGGACACAUCUGGGUUCAAUCCGAGUCGGGCAGCCAUGCUCUACCCGUCAAUGGUUCCCUGGUCCCUGGAGACUUGUAUGAUGUUGCAGCGGCCCCAGUGCGGUUCUAUGCACGAAAACGUUUGCAUUGCACAAUGCCUUGGACGGGGGUUAGACUAGUCCUUAUCCUUUUUUCCGGCGGAGAUGCAACUCAGCUGCCCAGCCUUGACUUUGAGCAUCUUAAAUCCUUAGGGUUUAGGCCCUCGGUCUCCGCGUCAACCGUCAACCCUCCGUUGGCGUAUGUCCCACCACCUGCCGGAGCCCUGGAACCCUUGCUUUCUAAGGUUUCUGAUAAAGUCCAAGGAGUGCCUCUUGAUAGUCUCAUGUUCCUCGAUGUGUUCUGUGGUUCGGGGGGCCUCUGUGCUUCUUUGCGUCAGCUGGGCAUGAAGCUGAGCGUUGGUUUGGACCGUCAUGCACAACGUGGUUGCAAAUGUCCCGUUGUCUCACUGGACCUUACGAAGCCGGGAUCCCGAGCCAUUCUGCUCGACCUCCUUAGGCAGCCAAAUGUUGUUGCGUGCCAUUUGUCUCCACCUGUGACCACCAGCUGUGUCGGUUUGGCGGGCCCUCGCCCAAGUGUCCUCCGCAAUGCAGCGCAUCCUGAGGGUCUGCCAGGUCUUCAAGGUGCUGAUCUUGAUUUGGUCAAUGGGGCUAAUGCCCUUUUUGCCAUGUGCGCAGAGGUCUGGCAUUUCUGUUGGAGUCAUGGGGUAUUCUGUUCCAUUGCUCACCCCAGCCGAUCCAUCAUGUGGCUCACUGCUUCACUCCGGUCUUGCCAGUCCUCUCCCUUCAUCUCUACUUCCUUGCAUCAGUGUAUGUUCGGCUCCUACAGACGAAAGGCUACCCGCCUUCUGCACACGGUUCCCUUCCUGCAGAAACUUGGUGUGACGUGCGAUGGUGCCCACGCUCACGAGCCGUGGCGCUCCCCGGCGCACAAUCGCGCCAAAGACGCUGGCCUUCCGCCUAUGCUGUGCAAAUCCUUUGCCCAGGCACUUGUGGAUCAACUGCUUGCAUGCGGUGCGCGCGGCCCGGCGUGCUCUCUUGCCAAUGCAUCCUUGUCGCUCUCGAUGGGCGCCCGUGUGACUACAGCUGCACAGCCUUCAGGUCGGAAGAUUCCUCCACUGGUGCCUGAGUUUUCUCGCACAGUCAAAGUGUCGGGCCCAGCCGAUCAGCUGCCGUGCACCUCGAAGACCAAGCUGCUAUCGGCCUGGACAGUCCCCAAGACUGUCUUGUGCACACCUUUUCUUUCGUCGUUGCCGGCAGGUUCCAAGUGCCUCCGAGCCAGCCCUUAUGCUCCACGGGGUAUGGCGUCUACCUCGGGGCCAGCCACCUUUGCAUCUACAUCUGAGCCAACUGCCGGUGCGGAACCCUGCUCCUCUGCUGCAGGUAUGCCUACGAUCGCCAUGGGUGUGGGUUCAGCUAGUCCCGACUCCCCUAACACCUUGUGCCGACCGGCACCUGCCCUGCCUGAGGCUGCUGAGGGUGUAACGUUAGGUAGUCCUGAUCCCCUGGUUCCGCGGUGCCAGCCGGUCCCUGCCCUACCCUUGCCUGCAGCCAGUGCAGCCAGUGCGACUCCCAAUGUCAAGUCGGGGCUUCAAUUGCUCUUUGGCAUACCGUGGUCACCUUCGGAGUUUGUGGAGCAGGCAUGCAAUGCGAAGCACCCGCGCUCCUUAGAUCAAGGUGUGCCAACUGGCAUGUCGGCAUGUAUUGAUCAUUUGUGCGAGCACAGCUCGGUCAGUGUGGCUAGAGAACGCACGGCUGAACUUCGCAAAUGGAUGCUUAGGAAGAAAGAGCUUGACGAGAGCUUUGACGGACCCGAACAUUGCAAGAAGAUCCUAGCUGGGAAACCCUUGAAACUCUUCGGGGAGAUGGUCAAAGCUGCUGGGCAUGCCGAUGCAAACCUGGUACGAGAUAUACAGAACGGCUUCGACCUGCUUGGUGAAAUCCCUUCCUCGUCUGUCUUGCCGAAGAAAACCACCGUGGCAUCCCUCAGCAUCGAGGACGUAAGAAUCGCCACCCCGGCGAAUCAGCGUGCGAUCUGGGAAGCUACCCGCACCUGCAGGGAUCCUGAAAUUGCUUCGGAAGUGUAUCGCCUUACCUUGGAGGAGCGGGACAAAGGGUGGCUCACUGGACCCUUCUCUCUCGCCGAUGUGCCGGAGACUGCCAUUGUUACGCGCCGCUUUGGCGUCAGGCAAGGUGUGAUGACGACGGCCACCGGUGUAGCGGCAAAGAUCCGUCCGAUCGAUGACUUCACGGAAAGCUUAGCCAACUUGACGUGCACCUGUGCGGAAACAAUUGACCCGCAUUCAGUGAACGUCAUUGUGGCCGGGAUCCUGAGGCGGAAGCGUGAGCUCGUGUCCACGAUCGAGUCCAUCGUGCAUCAAGGUGGAGUGCAUGCCAAAGAGCUUGAGUGCUUGCGUGGCCGUCUUCAGUUCGCUGAGUCGCAGGUGUUUGGUCGGGGUGCGGCCCAACGCAUGCGAGCUAUAUCAAAAGCAAUGAAGCUCUCGGGCUUUGUGGUUCUCGAUGAUUCCUUGACCGAGGCCCUGCUCUUCUUGAAAGAUCGAGUUUUGCACGGGGAAGCAAGGAUGAUCAGGGCUUGCGAUCGUUCCACCUACCACUUGUUCACAGACGCUUCCUACGAAGCAGAUGCGCCAGCCGGCCUAGGAGGCAUUCUUUAUAGCGAUAGGGGUUUGCUCCUUAGGUGGUACUCCGAGUCUGCCGACCCAGACGUUCUGGAGGCCAUAAACAAAGAGGGCAAACAAGGUCUGAUCUAUGAGUUGGAAGCUUGUGCGGCGGUGCAAGGUGUGGUGCAACUUUGCAACUCUUUGAGUGACUGCAAUCUCAUUUGCUAUUGUGACAAUGAGGCCGCCCUCGCGGCCCUCAUCAAGUGUGCUUCCGAUUCACCGGUGGUAGCAUCGCAGCUCAACAAGCUCAGCAUGCUUGAGGAUGAGAAAGGAAUCAGCAUAUGGUUUGAAAGAGUGGAGUCAUCUGCGAACCCUGCUGAUGAUCCUUCGCGAUUUGUGUUUGGCAAGCUUCCUACCAACUUCAGAGUCCGUUGGGCCCCAGGCGAAGAGCUGUUGUUCUAG